UUAUGGUAACGUUAUAUACGAAUAGUUUGUGAAAACAUUUCAAAAAGCUUUGAGACAAUUGAGUGAAGACUGAAGACUGCAUUGAAACUGAUUUUGAAAGUGAUUUGCAUUGAACUCAAUCAUUGAAUCGAUGAAUACCCGGAGCAUUCACGCCGACCACAAAGACCUUAUCCAUGACAUCGCUUACGACUACUACGGCCGACGUCUGGCCACGUGUUCGUCGGACCAAAGUGUGAAAGUGUGGGACAUCGGCGAAGACAACCAAUGGGUGUGUACGGCGUCGUGGAAGACCCACUCGGGAUCCGUUUGGAAGGUGACGUGGGCUCACCCAGAGUUCGGACAAAUACUGGCCACGAGUUCCUUCGACAGGACAGCCAUCGUUUGGGAGGAAAUGAUCGUGGACAACAACAAUGGAGAACGCAAUCAAUCGGUUUGGUUUAAAAGACACAGUUUUGUGGACAGCCGGACGUCGGUGACGGACGUGAAGUUCGCGCCCAAACACGCGGGUCUUCUGUUGGCCACCUGUUCUUCCGACGGAAUCGUCCGCAUAUAUGAAGCGCCGGAUGUGAUGAAUGUGAGCCAAUGGUCCGUUCAGUACGAGAUUGUCUGCAACAAAGCCUGUAGUUCUUUGACGUGGAAUCCAUCGCUGUCUCGAUUGCGGUCACCGAUGAUCGCCGUCGGCAGCGAUGACACCAAUAACAGCGGUUCUAAAGUAUUGAUUUACGAAUACAAUGAGAACCUGAGAACGUGGCAAAGAGUGGAGAUCACGCAUCCCAUCAACGAUUCCGUUCACGACAUUGCGUUCGCGCCAAACGUCGGCCGUUCCUAUGAUCUGCUGGGAGUCGCCACCACUAAAGACGUUAAGAUCCUAUCGAUCGCACCGACACCUCAGGAACCGGUGGCCCAACAAAUGGGACAAUUGGCGCAACAAAAUGAUAGCAAUCGUUACGACAUCCGGAUUGUGGCCUCUUUUGAAGACCACGGGUCGCAAGUGUGGAGAGUCUCGUGGAAUAUCACCGGAACUAUUCUGGCCUCGUCUGGAGAUGACGGCACUGUUCGCCUCUGGAAAGCCAAUUAUCUGGAGAACUGGAAGAAUGUGGGCGUUCUUAAGGGCGAUGCAUGUAUUGGGUUAGGAAUGAGUAACUCUACUAAUAGUGAUUCAAACUCUUCAUCCAAUGUCCUCAACAGACACUUAAAGUGA